AUGGCGUACAUCAUCGCCGUCAAUGCCUCUAUCCUCUCUCAGACUGGCGGGACUUGCGAGUGUGCUCUGGCGGACAAGUUCCAAUGUGACACCAUCCCCGAAUUCGCGGAUUGCAAAGAAGAGGUUCGCAGGGACUUGAUUACGGCCACCGCAGCCUUGGCCGGUAUCUCCUCUUUGUUCUUUGGCCUCUUUACCAACCUUCCUGUCGCCCUUGCUCCAGGCAUGGGCCUUAACGCCUAUUUUGCUUACCAGGUCGUUGGCACCAAUGGGAGUGGCUCAAUCUCCUACCGCACUGCCCUGACUGCCGUCUUCUUCGAAGGCAUCAUCUUCAUGUUCCUGGCCCUCACGGGUAUGCGCCAGUGGCUCGUCAGGCUCAUUCCCGCCACCAUCAAGACGGCCACUGGAGUGGGCAUUGGCUUUUUCCUCACCGAAAUUGGACUCUCGUACUCGUCUGGCAUCGGUGCCAUCACGGGCGGCGGCAUAUCGACUCCCCUGAGCUUGGGCGGCUGCCCUCCCGAUAUGAUAAGUGAAACGACGGGAGGCUGCAAUGGAGGCCAGAUGACAAACCCAACUAUGUGGCUAGCCAUCUUCUGUGGCGGCAUCCUGACGGCUUUCCUCAUGGCGUUCAGGGUCAAGUACGCCCUCGUCAUUGGCAUCGCCCUUGUGUCCAUCAUCUCGUGGCCCCGCAACACGCCCGUCACUUACUUCCCCCAUACUCCCGAGGGCGACUCUCGCUUCGCCUUCUUCAAGCAAAUCAUCACCUGGCAUCCCCUAUCCAAGAUUCUAAAUCAGCUUGACUGGAGCCUUGAUUCCACCAGCACGACGCACUUUAUUCUCGCUCUCUUCACUUUCCUCUACGUCGACAUCAUCGACGCAACCGCCACCCUCUACUCCAUGGUCCGCUUCUGCGGUGUCGUCAACCCCAAAGACGGCGAUUUCCCCCGCUCCACCAUUGCAUACUGCACCGACGCGCUGUUCAUCUCGAUCGGGGCGCUGUUCGGCUGCUCGCCCGUGACGGCCUUUAUCGAGAGCGGCGCGGGCAUCGCGGAGGGUGGCCGGACCGGACUCACGGCCGUGGUUGCAGGGCUGUGCUUCAUCGGCUCCAUCUUCUUUGCUCCCAUCUUUGCUUCUAUCCCGCCGUGGGCUACGGGGUGCACGCUCAUUUUGGUCGGGUGCAUGAUGAUACGGCAGAUUACGCAGGUCAACUGGCGGUAUAUCGGCGAUGUGUUGCCGUCGUUUGUGGUCAUGACCUUUAUCCCGUUUAGCUACAGCGUUGCGUACGGCCUUAUCGCAGGCCUCUUUGUCUACACCACCCUCAACACGCUCAUCGCUCUCGUCGUCUUCUUCUCCAACAACCGCAUCGAACCCCGCGAAUACGACCUCAAGGAAUACUGGACCUGGCGAGGCUCCGGCCGUGCCCCGUGGUUCGUCCGAGCCAUGAGAAGAAACCGC